UUUCCUGCAAUCCCUCUCGCCUAGCUUCUUGGAACCGCCGGCUGUGGAAUCCCUAGAAUUGGAGCGGCGAGACCGCGGCACGUUCUUGGGCGCAGGCGGAGGAGAUGACUGGAACGAUGAAGUGGGAGAUAGUGCAUGUUCCUGGUGAGCCAGAGAGCUCUCUCGAAGUGUCUACUGUUGAUGUUUUGGCUUCGAAGAUUGAACCAAAGCUUGCCAACAAGAUUGUGAGGCAGUUGAAUCAGGUGUGUCCACUCGAGAAUCUCCGUCAUGUGAAACGGGUGCGAAAAAGGACGGUUGAAGGUAAUGCUGAGUUGUCAGUUAUUCUAUGUCUUUCUGAUGAAUAUGAAAAAGAUGCAGAGGCAAUACCAAGAGGCAUUCAUCAGCUUAUCAGUGACUAUAAUUUGUGUCCUUAUAAUGCAAAAGUUGCCAAGUAUGCUGCUAGAUCAAAAGAAGAAUGGGAGGAACAGUGCAAGCUUUGGCCGACGUCAUAUCAUCCAUCAACCAAUUUCGAUGGGGUUGCUGGACUGAGUGAAGGGGAAUUGCAGUUGAUAUUCAACUACAUGAAGGUUGUGAUCCAGUUAACAAAGUUGAGUUAUACUGGUGGUAAAGUUCUAAAUGCUGCUAUCAUCGUUGAUCCUAUUAGUAGGCAAGUCAUUGCAAGUGCUAAUGACCAAACGUGUCCAUGGCCCACAACAUACGAGACCAGUGCAAGAUAUAACUGCAAUGACAGGUGUGGAGUAACCAUUGCAUCCCAUGAUUCCAAUCUGAAUGGAUUACAGAACAGUCUAGAAAUUUCAGUUCAAAAAUUUCAACUUGAUAUAUGCAGUGAUGUAUGUGCUGGGGUUUCUUGCUUAAAUCCUUGGGGAUGGACAGCACAAAAACAAAGCAGUCAGAGUUCCUCAAUGAAAAGCGAGAGCAAACAUACAUGGCAUCCUUUAAGGCAUGCUGCUCUUGUUGCUAUUGAAAAUGCCGCAGAAAGAGAUAGGCAACUAUUCCCCGGUCCAGGAUCAUCAGAGUCUCAAUCUACACCAAAUGGCAAUCCACUGUGUGCUGAUAAUUGUCCAGCAAAACGUCAAAAGAUACAGCAACAUGUAUGUCAGCUGGAUCUAUUUCGUCAGGAGCACAGCAUGGUCAAGGAAGUUCCAGACAAUAGGGAACCUACUGAAAUAAUGCGGCCUUAUUUGUGCACUGGCUUUGAUAUCUACCUUGUAUGGGAGCCAUGCACCAUGUUUGAUACAGUGGAUAACUGCAGUAGGAAAGAUGAAGUGUUACAGGGCUGAAGAUUUUAUACUUUGCAUCACGAAGAUUCAAGACACAGUUCAGAUUGCUGAUUGCAUUGCCAAAACAGCAUGUGGUGAGGAAAGGAAGUCUUAUUUAUCUGAGGGUCAUGUAGGCAUCAAACUUUUGCAUCUUGACUUGGUUAAGAUACAGGUAUAAAAUCACCUCUGUUCCAAUUCACGCAUCUGAUUUACAAUCUACAUCUUGAUGUUAUUUGAAUGAGGCAUUCUACCCUUUAUGUAGCCAGCAUAUGGCAUAUGACAAUCCUUUAUCAUUAGUGAGUCCAAAGAGGAAUAGAGUAGAUUCCUCUGGUGCUCUUGCCUGGCCCUUCGUUUCCUGCUACUCCUGAUGAUCAACAUAGUAGAUUAAAGUGGCUUUUGAAAGACUUAUCUUCUUCCUGUACUGUGUGACCUUGCCUCACUAUAACACAAGCAUGUAGGUUGUGUUAGACAGGGGAAGGAAGCUUUUGAUGCUCUUUCAUCAUAGUAUACAUAUAUAUAUCAUGCUAAAGCAGACUAUAUGUCAUCAUCACAUCUCACCGUAUUAAAUGCCAAAGUAGCUUUGGGGUUGUAAGCUUGCAACUAACAAAGCUAGGCAAGUAGAUUGUCUUGAAAACUUCCACUAUAUUAGCUAAAAGACGCAAAUAUUUAAGAUGAAAAAAAAGAGAAAGAAAAAGAAAAAGAAAAUGUUCAGGCAUAGUUGAAUUGAUUUCAAAAUUCUUGAACCAAUUCAUAAUGUCACAAAACAUCUCUCUUGCUUGCUUUUGUUUGAUUUGGAGAAAAGAUGAGGAAUCAUAACAUGUGAGAGAUUGCGAGUAAAACAUGUGAAGGACAUGUGCAGGAUAUGGUAGGGACUCCAUAGUACAAGUUUCUUACCAUUGGCAUGUACAAGGCAUUGGGAACAACCACUAGAGACAGCUUCUUCAAGGAGAAAAGAAGCUUAAAGCUUUGACAUAUUUCUUAUGCUUACCAAACGAUCCAUGAUCCUGAUAGAGCUUGGCAAAUCUGCCAGAAGUGCCCCAAUGUAGGACAUAGAAAAAGUUGAAGGGGGGUCCCCUUUGUUCUUUAAUGAUUUAAGCAAGGAGGGAUGCAUGCCCUUGUUGGGACAGAGGGAGCCCAUCCAUGUGUGAGAACAUUGUGGUUUAGGGCACUUCCUAAGAACAGUGCAACAAUAAUAGUAGCUGUUCCUUACCAUGUGGUCCUUAGUUUUGUCAUACAAUAUUAAUAAUAAUUAUUAUUAAUAAUUCUAAUAGGUCAAGUUGCAAAGACCUGCAUAAUUCGGGUCAAGUGCGAGAUGAUGAUGAUGAGGCUUUGGUUGCAAAGUGACUCAUUCAGUGCACUAGAUUUUCGUCAAUUUAGUAAGUUACUUUACAAGGAAAGGGACUAUUUUUGUGAUUUAAAUUUUGUAAAUCUAUGUCAUGCUUGCACAUAAUCAAGUGAUGACUGAUAUCAGCAUAUGAUGCAAGUAAUGCUUAAUUGUCGUCGACACUAAAUUAGGUAUUGGCUCACAUAGCAGAAAUUUUUUUCUCUGAAUCUAAAGAUGUGCAUGUAUCCUGAUAAACAUUGGUACUGAUUUAAUACAAUGUAUACAUAUAGAUGUAUGUCCAUAUGCAUCGUUAUCCUAAUGAUUGAAGCACAAGAGUGAAGAGUUGGAGUUGAAAUCUGAUCUGACACCUGAUUAAGCGAUUGCUUAUAUUAAAGUGUUUGU